AUUGGUUUUUGAAAAAACCAUAUUGAUAGAGUGUAGGUCAUUAGAGUGCCUCAGCUGCUCCUUCUCCCUUUCCAUCCCUACAACAGUUGCCGCGAGGAAUGACGGAAGCUGCUUCCGUUACCAAGAGCACACAAUCGGCAAUGGAAAACGACUUUGUCGUUCAGCACGAACACCAUCUUGCACGACAUGAACAUGAACAAGAAGAUGAAGAAGAGGUUGAGGUUUCGUGUUCUUCUGAUUCUGAAAUCGGUGAUGCGUUGGACUGGUUGGAUUCGAAGGACGAGGAUGAAGUAGUGGAUGCCUCUUUUCCACUGAGUUCAUGGCGGCCCAACGCUCAUGGUGGUCACCACCUCCAUUCCUCCACAUUCCAACCUCUCUCCAAUCGCAACCAAAAAUUCUCCCAUCAUAUUCGUGCUUCCCCCUUGGAGGAGUGGGAAGGGAGGAUAAAUGUUGGCAUGUCUAACUCGGUGACUACUGCAAUUCGUGAAAGUGUUCGAGAGAUGGCAAUUGGUAAAACUAAAACUACUGAGAAAGCAGACCGAGCCACUGUUGAGCAGGCAAUUGAUCCUAGAACGCGCAUGGUUUUAUUCAAGAUGCUGAACAGAGGGGUCUUUCAUGAUAUCAAUGGAUGUAUUUCAACCGGAAAGGAAGCAAAUGUUUAUCAUGCCACUAAAUCUGAUGGUCAAGAACUUGCUAUUAAAGUAUACAAGACAUCUGUUCUAGUAUUUAAGGAUAGAGAUAGAUAUGUGCAAGGAGACUUCCGGUUUAGAAAUGGAUAUUGCAAGCAUAAUCCCAGGAAAAUGGUAAAAACAUGGGCAGAGAAAGAAAUGAGGAAUCUUUUGAGGCUUAAGGCAGCAGGACUUAGGUGUCCUACGCCAUAUCUUCUGAGGCUACAUGUUCUGGUUAUGGAAUUUAUAGGAAAGUCUGGUUGGGCUGCCCCUCGUCUUAAAGAUGCAGCUUUAUCUCUAGACAAGUUACGGGAAGGCUAUGUUGAGAUUAUUAUUGCAAUGCGAACAUUGUAUCAGAAGUGCAAAUUGGUGCAUGGCGACCUCAGUGAAUAUAAUAUACUAUAUUUUGAGGGCCACUUGUAUAUUAUAGAUGUUUCUCAAGCUGUUGAUCCUGAGCAUCCUCAUGCCCUUGAUUUUCUGCGUGAAGACUGUGUUCAUGUAUCUGAUUUCUUUAAAAAACAUGGUGUAGCAGUCAUGACAAUAAGAGAAUUGUUUGAUUUUAUUGUUGAUGCAUCCAUUGCUGAUGAUGCUGUGGAUAGUUAUUUGGAAGAGAUGCAACAAAAAAUUUUGGCAAGAGGAGAUGUAUCUGUAGAAGAUGAGAUUGCAGACUCUGUAUUUGUGCAGUCUUACAUUCCAAAGACACUAGAGGAUGUUAAGAAUGCUGAGGAGGAUGUACAACGGAUAACAAGCGGGAAGGACACCAAGGAUUUAUACUAUCAGACCAUUACUGGACUUAAACAUGCUCUCUCAUUAGCACAACCUUCACAGAAAAAUAACGAACAACUACAGAAAUCAAGUCCCACAGAAGAUUCACCUGCCAUUUUGGACGAUAAAUCUAACCUUUUAGAGGGUGAUGCGGAGUCUCAAUCUGACGAGGAUGACAAUGAAAGUGAUUCUGAAGGGGAUUCAUCCUCUGAAAGUGAAGGAGAGGGUCCUUUGGAUAAAAAAGCUGCUAGAAAAGAGGCCAGGAAAGAGAAUAAAAAGAAAGUGAAGGAGGAGAAAAGAGAAGCACGUAAAAGUAAAGUUCCUAAGGCUGUUAAGAAAAGAAAGAAAAAGUUGGCUAAAGCGCGCAAGACCCGGUAGAUACUAGAUAGUAGUUGUAUCUGUAAUGGUUUGAGUAUCAUCUUUCCCUAGUAGUUUGGAUUUUAUAUACAAGUAGAUCCACCACUUAUAAGGAAAAAUAGAGCAAUUUUGUUAACUCAUGCUAUCUUCUACUAGGAGAGAUUAGAAAGCAUGUGACAACAUUGUCACCGGCCUUUGUUUAUUAAGCAUUCCACACAGUUGAUAUCUGUCUAGAUUACGGCUCUUGCAUUUUAUGUUAAGUUGAAUGGAAGUGUGUAAUGGGGUUAAUUCAAUACAUGAAUACUCUUCCUUCGUUUAGUUUUGUAAAGUUUCCAAUCUUGUUGCAUUCUUCUGAAAGAUAAAAAUUUGUC